AUGCCUACAAAGAGGUCCCAUAAGACCGUCCGGAGACGUUGCAUCCGAGCCUGCACGACUUGCAAGAGGCGCAAGGAACGGUGCGAUGGUCGCCAACCGUGCCGACGUUGUGUGGAACGAGGCGUCGAUUUCGACUGUAGAGUCUCCCAUCCUCCUUUAAGAGAAACAUUAUCUCCGACCCCGGAGCCCGACAUCCGUGCGUAUCCCCAUGGAGCAGAGGGAAAUCAGUGUGUGCCGCAGGAGCGGAAUGGACCGCGACAUCUUCGCACCACAUCAGCCCAUAUCUUCCCCCAAUCGUCAAGGUUGGCAAAGGACGAACGCGGGAAAUACAUGUUUAUUGGGGAUGCAGCGAAUCUGACUUUCCUUCAAAAUGUCCGUCGUAUAGCCCAUGUCGCCCUAGGGCGUUGUGCUUUCGUUGACGAUCCACUGCGUCACCACAUACUGGAAACCUAUGACGAUGGACACGAGCGACUGAUUGUCGAAAGUGCCAUAAAUCCGCCAUCAAAACCAACUUCGGAGGAUGCCAACUAUCUCAUCCAUUGGUACAUCCUUGCGACAAACUGUGUGCUGGACGCCGUCGACCAACACGAGCUAUUUCAAGGCAUGUCAAAAUGGCUUCUCUGCUCCCACGAGGAACCUUGUGAGACAAGUGCGAUAUAUUAUCUUGUCUUGGCCCUCGGGGCUCAAUCAUGCCCGGAAAGUAGAGACUCCGAUGCCGAGAAGUAUUUCAACUUUGGUCGAUAUAUCACUUUGAUGACGCUUAUGGAAGAUCCCAGCCUAGUCAUGAUCCAAUCUCACGUGCAUGUCGCAAUGUACCUAUUAGCAGGAUCGCGUAGAAAUUCGGCCUUUAUGUAUCUCGGGACUGCUGUCAGGGCUGCUUACGCCCUGGGCCUCCACAGACUAGAUAUUUCAGCACUCUAUCCCACAUCCGAGUGUUUGAUACGUGAACGGCUCUGGAAAGCUAUUCGGAUUCUGGAUCUGUUUAUGAGUGCCUCCCUUGGCCGACCACCUUCCACUACGGAAACCCGUGACACAACGGUGAAGGAGAACUACUCGGCAUCAAACGAUCUCUGCCUUAUCUUUGAAAACAUCCUGGCAGAAAUAUAUGCAAAGCGCAUGGUCUCUUCAGAGACCUUGGAGUGGAUAAGCGGACUACAUCGUGGAUGGACUUCACGGUUCAUGGAAUGUCCCAGAGAGGUCGGCACGCAAUGUGCCGAACGGAUAGUGACCGAAAGGGGAGAAGCCCCAAAUAUCGGGCUCAUCCACUUAAAGGAGGCAUACUACUGGACCAUUAUGCUGCUCUCGCGGCCCACCUUGGUCGAGAAGGUGUCUUUGUACGCGUCGGCGGCGGCCGAGUCGGAUUGCUCAGGCAUGGAACAGCUGACAUCGUCGGCAUCAAACGACAUCCUCGCGUCCGCAUGCGUCGAUUCCGCGGCCCGCACCAUUGAACUUCUCGCGGCCUUUAUCAUGAGCACGCACGUCCCAAAAAGGCUCCCGUUCGUUGUCAAUUCGGCGUUUAUGUCAGCUCUGGUGUUGGGACUUGCCAUCUUUGGCGACAUGGAUCGUGUCCUCCCGCUACGCUGCAGCCUCAGCAAUGCACGAGUAAUACUUGCGAAGUUCUCCCCUCAUGACUCCGUGGCAAGGAGAUACCUCACUAUCGUGGACAACUUUCAAAAUGCCUGUGACAAGUACGUGGAAGUCCGGACACGUCGCGAUAUGGAUUACCAAAGCCGCUUGAUUGGGGGGCUUUUCGGGAGCAUACAUAUCGAGGCGCCUGACGCUGGAGAUUUUAUGAAUCACCUUGAUCUGAAUAACACGAAUAGACAUGGUUCGAUGGAUAACAUCCUUUUACCUUUUGAUUCUUAUGAUGUGAUUUAG